AUGCCGCCGAAAAAGAAGCAAGACAAAGACGACGACAACGAACGGUUGGAUCGCAUCGCCAUCGUGGAAGCGGAACGAUGUCGGCCGAAAAAGUGCAAACAGGAGUGCAAAAAACAGUGCCCGGUGGUGAAAAUCGGGAAACAUUGCAUCGAAGUGACGGAGAAGAGUAAGAUUGCAAACAUCGACGAGUUGUUGUGCAUCGGGUGCGGGAUUUGCGUGAAGAAAUGUCCGUUCGAAGCUAUCCAGAUUAUCAACUUACCGAAGAAUUUGGAGAAGGAAACGACGCACAGGUACGGGCCGAACACGUUUAAGUUGCAUCGAUUACCGACGCCGAAAUCUGGACAGGUGUUAGGUUUAGUCGGGACGAACGGGAUCGGGAAAUCUACCGCGCUGAAAAUUUUAGCCGGGAAGUUGAAACCAAACUUGGGGAAAUUCGCAAACCCUCCGGAUUGGUCUGACAUUUUGCUUCACUUUCGCGGGUCGGAGUUGCAGAAUUAUUUGACGAGGAUUUUAGAGGAUAACUUGAAGGCGUUGAUUAAACCGCAAUACGUCGAUCACGUGCCGAAAGCGGUGAAAGGGAUGGUAGGGACGAUUUUGGAGGAUAAAGAUGGAGGCCCGGACGGCGGCGCGGAUAGAGAGUAUUUGAUUGAUAUUUUGGAGUUGACGCACGUGAUGGACAGAGACGUGGCAAAGUUAAGUGGUGGGGAGUUGCAACGAUUUGCAAUCGCUAUUGUCGCGGUGCAAGACGCGGAUAUUUACAUGUUCGACGAGCCGUCCUCGUAUUUGGACGUGAAGCAAAGGUUGAAAGCGAGUCGCGUGAUUCGAUCGCUCUUGGCGAUUAAUAAGUACAUCAUCGUCGUCGAACACGAUUUGUCUGUUCUCGAUUACUUAUCCGAUUUCAUUUGUUGUUUGUAUGGGAAACCAGGGGCGUAUGGGGUCGUGACCAUGCCGUUUGGUGUGAGAGAAGGAAUCAACAUUUUCUUGGCCGGUUUCGUGCCGACGGAAAACUUAAGGUUCAGACCGGAAGAGUUGACGUUUAAAGUGUCCGAGAACGAAGACGAACGGUUAGCGCACGUGAACGAUGAAGCGUUUAGCAUGUACGAGUACCCGUCGAUGGUGAAAACGCAAGGUGGAUUUACUUUGAGCGUCGACGGCGGCAGUUUUACGGAUUCGGAAAUUGUCGUCUUGUUGGGCGAAAACGGCACCGGGAAAACGACGUUUAUUCGUUUAAUCGCCGGUUUAAUUAAACCCGACGACGAGACCAUCGAGUUGCCCGAGUUUAACGUAUCCUAUAAACCGCAAAAGAUUGCGCCAAAGUUUGAAAAAACCGUUCGCGAUUUGUUGAUGAUGAAAAUCCGAGACGCGUUUUUGCACCCGCAGUUCAUCUCGGACGUCGUGAAACCGAUGAACAUUGACCCGUUGUUGGACCAAUACGUGAAGAACUUGUCCGGUGGUGAAUUGCAAAGAGUCGCGUUGACGUUGUGCAUGGGCACUCCCGCAGAUAUUUACCUCAUCGAUGAACCGUCGGCGUAUUUGGACUCCGAACAAAGAGUCUGGACGUCCAAAGUUAUCAAAAGGUUUAUUUUGCACGCGAAGAAGGCGGCGUUUAUUGUCGAGCACGAUUUCAUCAUGGCGACAUAUCUAGCGGAUAAGGUUAUCGUGUACACCGGCCAACCAGCGGUAAACGCGACGGCGACGAAACCCCAAGGAUUAGUUACUGGUUUGAACCAGUUUUUGAAGGCGUUGGAGAUCACCUUUCGCAGAGAUCCGACCAAUUAUCGGCCGAGGAUUAAUAAAAUGGAAUCCGUCAAGGAUAGAGAACAGAAACAAGCCGGCGAUUUCUACUACGUCGGUGAAUAA